UUAAGUAGGGAAUAGCAUUUGAAUUUCUAGGUCUCCUCAUUGAACUCCAAAAUUUAAUCUGUUGGUUUUCCAUUUUUUUUUCCCUCUUGGCAGGAAGCAAAGAAAUAUAUUUUCAGCUCUAUGGACGAUACAACAUUGAUAAGAUUUGGCGAGAUGAUGUCUUACCAUGCCGUGUCUAUCUUAGGCACUGUGUGUUGGCAGCUAAGAACCUUGGUGAUGUUGCAUACAACAACUUUCUGGAUCACACUUACCUUGGAGAUCGUAAGACCACCAUCCGUACAUAUUUAGCUACAACAGGUUCAGGCAUCACGGAAGAGGAGCCACCUGAAUCCCUCAAGACUCGCUAUGGUGGUUGACAUAAACAAAUGGUCAGAUAUGGUGGUUGACCCAUUUCACUCUUCGGCAUUCGGCAUUCUCUUCUCAUUUCCCUUUUAUUGGCUGGUUACUGAUACGCUGAGUGAAACUUUUGUAAACAAUAUUAAAGAAUAUCAGUUGUUCCCAUUUUAUUCUAACUCUGUCGAAUAUGAAAUGUGCUAUUCUUUUGCUACAAGCUUCACCCUUGUCUAGUUCCCUUAAUAACAAUUCCAUCAUUUUCUUAUACAUUGGCAUAUAAUGAUGAAUCAUUGUUCUUCAAAGUCGAAUCUUACUGUACAGUUCUUUAGGUGUCUUGUAUAUACCUACAUGUUCUUCAUAGGGGAGUGCGUUAGGAUCUAGAUUAGUGGCUUCAGUUGAAGGUCCAGAAACCAUAUGCAUGAUUCUCCCCAAGGGAUAGAACCGGAGGUUCUCUGAGACAUCCAAGGAAUAGAUGGGGUUUUCGCUUCCUGCAUCAGCCAGAACUUUCUCCUCCUCGGUUACUUAUUUUGCCGCUGUUGCUUCUUCUGCCUGGGAUUGGAAAUCAACUUCCCUCAUCUUUGCAGCACUUCAUUACAGCUACAAGCUUCACCCUUUUCUAGUUCCCUUAAUAACAAUUCCAUCAUUUUCUUGUACAUUGGCAUAUAAUGAUCAUUAAACAUUUAACCAAGAUGAUGCUGUGACCUGAUAACAACAAUUGGAAGAGGAGCCAUUACAAUCCCUCAAGACCAGCUAUGGUGGUUGACAUAAAUAGUAAGAUAUGGUGGUUGACCCAUUUCACUCUUCGGCAUUCUUCUCUCAUUUCUGAAACGCUAAGGGAACCUCACACUGAGUGAAACUCUUGUGAACAGUAUUGGGAACAAUAUUAAAGAAUGUCAGUUGUU